UUUAUACUCUGGCCAGUAGCCAGUGGCCACACACACGCUUCUCCACCAUGGAGAAAAUACGCGCCAAAUACAGCAAAGCAGAGCUCCAAUGCGCUGUCUAAGCCGUUCUCGCUGGCGCAGAGUUAAAGGCAACAAGUAAACUAAUGAAGAUUGGGCAUAGCACGCUGAAAGAAAUACGUAGCUGCUGCACGCAAAAACCAGCCUCUCGAGCCAAGCGUCGUGGGCCGCCUCCAAUGCUUUCGAAGAGCGUUGAAAACGACAUUAGAGACUGGAUCCUCCCAGCGACAGGUGACCGGCUUGCCCGCUUUCGCGUCCUAAGAUGCACGCCACGUUGGCAAACUUCAAGCAGAAUUCCUCAAUCUUACUGCGAUACAGCGUUCGUCAAGAUCUCUGAUAUUGUGCACCAAGACCGAGCAACACAAGGAAGCGGAGGAGAACAAAGACGUCCAGUCGCAUACUUACUCGAGAAAUCCUGGAGAAAGAGACUCAAGUGCCGAAGCCGAAGCCUUCACGACGCAAGAAACCUGUAGGACAAAACAAAAUGGCAGUUGUGGUACUACCGCCCUUGUUGGAGACGUAGAUUCAACCUGAACAGGAAGCCUGGGUUUAGUGGGCGUGCAUAAACAAAUAAACCAUUUUAUGUCAUACA